AUCAAGAAAAGCCUGAGAUUGUAGAUUGUCCAAUGGAUAUAACAGUUAACACAACAAAUAGGGAACCAGUGGCUGUCAAUGUCACAUGGACAGAGCCAACAGCUACUGAUAACUCUGGAGAGACACCAGAACCAGAGUCUGACUACACCUCUGGUGACAAUAUGUUUGUGAUUGGUGACACAACAGUGCAGUACAAUGCAACAGAUUCAAGUGGUAACUUCAAUGAUCGCUGCAGGUUUACUGUCACUGUUGAAGACAAUGAGCCUCCAGGUAUAACUUGUCCUACAAAUGUCACUUCGAACAACUACAUUGAUGAAUCGUUUGGUAUAGUACAAGUGAGCACAGAUGAAGGAAGUCCAAAUGCCGCUGUCACCUGGGAUCAGCCUGUCACAAGUGACAAUAGUAAUGAAAAUGUGACGGUAGUAUCGUCACCAUACCAAUCAGGUGAUAUGAUACCAGUCGGAAACUCUGUUAUUGAGAUUUUCUUUACGGCAACUGAUUCUUAUGGUAAUGCUGAUACGUGUGUAUUUCAUAUCCAAGUCCGAG